AUGCUGAGGUUCGACGGUGCCCUGGAUUCGCCACGAUCGGCUAGGUUUGGUCAGGGUUCUGGUGACAUUCUUUACGUCGAUUGUUUUGGAACAGAAGACAGCCUGGCAGACUGUUUCAGUGGAGUCGACUCUUCCUGUGGGCAUCACAGGGAUGCGGGCGCCGUGUGUUACUCAGGAGCCCACCCGAAUCCUAUGGAGGUUCGUCUGAUUGGUGGCGCCAACGAAGCUGAAGGCAGAGUAGAAGUACUGUACGAUGGACUAUGGGGAACUAUCUGUGACACUUGGUGGGAUCUGAGAGACGCGAGGGUGGUUUGUAGAAUGCUUGGGUUUAAUGGAGCAUUGGACGCACCGAGAUCUGCUAGGUUUGGUCAGGGCUCUGGUCGUAUUCUGCUAAAUCUUGUCGGCUGUGAUGGAUCAGAAGACAACCUGGCAGACUGUGCUCAUGCAGGGAUUGAACGUUACAUCUGCAGUCCUAGAAGAGAUGCUGGAGCCAUUUGCUACUCAGGAGUUCAUCUUGUCGGUGGAUCUAACGAUGCUGAAGGCAGAGUUGAGGUCAUGCAUGAAGGAUCCUGGGGAACUAUCUGUGAUGACUGGUGGGAUCUGAGAGAUGCGAGGGUGGUUUGUAGAAUGGCAGGGUUUGAUGGAGCCUUGGACGCACCGGGAUCUGCAAGGUUCGGUCAGGGCUCUGGUCGUAUUCUGCUAAAGUAUGUCAAUUGUGACGGAAAUGAAGACAACCUUGCAGACUGUGCUCAUCCAGGGAUUAGAGAUUAUACUUCAUGCGGUCAUACAAGGGAUGCAGGAGCCAUUUGCUACUCAGGAACCCAUCCAAAUCCAUUCCAAGUUCGUCUUGUCGGUGGGUCUAACGAUGCUGAAGGAAGAUUAGAGGUACUGAACGAUGGAUCCUGGGGAACUAUCUGUGACAACAGCUGGGAACUGAGAGACGCGAGUGUAGUUUGCAGAAUGAUGGGGUUUAAUGGAGCCUUGGACGCACCGACAACUGCUAGUUUUGGUCAGGGCUCUGGUCGUAUUCUGCUAAAUUAUGUCAGCUGUAAGGGAACUGAAGACAACCUGGCAGAAUGUGCUCAUGCAGGAAUUGGACGUUACUUAUGCAGUCAUACAAGGGAUGCAGGAGCCAUUUGCUACUCAGGAAAUCCAUUUAAAGUUCGUCUUGUCGGUGGGUCUGACGAUGCUGAAGGCAGAGUAGAGGUACUGUACGAUGGAUCCUGGGGAACCAUCUGUGAUUCGUGGUGGGACCUGAGAGACGCGAGGGUGGUUUGUAGAAUGCUGGGGUUUGACGGAGCCUUGGGCGCGCCAAGAUCUGCUAGGUUUGGUCAGGGCUCUGGUCGAAUUCUGCUUAAGAAUGUCAACUGUGAGGGAACAGAAGACAACCUAGCAGAGUGUGUUCAUGAAGGGAUUGGACGUCACUCAUGCAGUCAUACAAAGGAUGCAGGAGCCAUAUGCUACUCAGUUCGUCUUGUCGGUGGGUCUGACGAUGCUAAAGGCAGAGUAGAGGUACUGUACGAUGGAUCCUGGGAAACUAUCUGCGAUACUUGGUGGGAUCUGAGAGACGCGAAGGUGGUUUGUAGAAUGCUGGGGUUUGAUGGAGCCUUGGGCGCGCCAAGAUCUGCUAGGUUUGGUCAAGGAUCUGGUCGUGUUCUUCCAAGAAAUGUCAACUGUCAGGGAACAGAGGACAACCUGGCAGACUGUACUCAUGGCCAAUUGGGAUAUCAUACUUCAUGCGGACAUGCCAGGGAUGCAAGCGUAAUUUGUUUUUCUGGAGUUCGUCUUGUCGGUGGGUCUAACGAUGCUGAAGGCAGAGUAGAGGUCAUGCAUGAUGGAUCUUGGGGAACUAUCUGUGAUGUUGACUGGGAUCUAAGAGACGCGAGGGUGGUUUGCAUAAUGGCAGGGUUUGAUGGAGCCUUGGACGCACCGGGAUCUGCUAGGUUUGGUCAGGGCUCUGGUCGUAUUUUUCUCGCUAAUGUAGAUUGUGAGAGAACAGAUGACAACCUGGCAGACUGCGCUCAUGAAGGAGUUGGAGAUUAUACUUCAUGCGGACAUGCGAAAGAUGCAGGUGUCAUUUGUUAUUCCGGCGAUCCAUUUGAAGUUCGUCUUGUCGGUGGGUCUAACGACGCUGAAGGCAGAGUAGAGGUACUGUACGAUGGAUCCUGGGGAACUAUCUGUGAUGAUUUAUGGGAUCUGAGCGACGCGAGGGUGGUUUGUAGAAUGCGUGGGUUUGAUGGAGCCUCGGACGCACCGGGAUCUGCUAGGUUUGGUCAAGGAUCAGGAGAGCUACGUUAG